AUGCGAUUGUUUCUGAUCGCUGCAACCGGUGCCGCAAUUUUUAUCAGCACUGCACCACGAGAUGUAGCCGGACAGGAAAGUGCCACCGAACGGACAGCUGUUGCUGCUGCCGGAGCAGCCGGUGAAACUGGCGCACCGGUUUGUAACAUCAACGAGAUCUUCAACGGAAGGACAUGCAAAUGCGCACCUGGACUGUAA